AUGUCGAGUUAUAAUGACUAUCAACAUUGGCCCCAAGAAUCCACAUCAAAUUCAGAAGAAGAAUUGUCAUCUCCUGAAAUUGAACAAGAUGAUAGUGAUGAUGAAACAGAGUCGUCUACAUCUAGUACUAGUACUUCAGCUACAAGUAGUAGUGGAAGCAGUCAGUCAGGUUCCGAUUCUGAAAGCACUAGUACUGCUGAUGAAGAUGAAACUAUAUCACUGAAAACAGAAACAGUGCUAGCUAAUAAAACUGAGCUUAGUUUGCCAGCUGGAAUGUGUGAAGAUGAAGAAGUUUUUAAACAAUUAUUUUCUGUUAAUUCUUGGGUAUGCCUUAGUGAUCAACAAAAGCAACAUUUAAAGAAUUUUCUCCCUACAUUUCCUGAAAAUGAUUUAAUGGAAAAAGAAAUUACUUUAAGAAUGCUAUUUGGUGGACAGUGUUUUCGUUUUGGUGUUAAUCCUAUUGAUGAUUUUCAUGAUAAAUUAAAAGAUGGACAUUUUCGACCUGAUAUUGUCAAAAUGAAAUCACUUUUACGACGAUCACUCAAGAGAGAGUAUAGAAAAAAUCAACGUAUAUAUAAUUUUAGUAUGUUAAAAAAAUUACUUUCCGGGCGUAAAAAGGUUAUUGAUGUUUUAAAUGGUUCUUCUACUACAUCCAUGACAAAUAAUGGAGGUAGUAAUAGUUUUACUAUGCAUCAACAAGUUAAAAGAAGAUAUUUCCGAGAGCUUUCUGAUAUUAAACAUUUAAUAGGGGAUGUCUCUGAAGAAAGUUCAGAUAGCAACUAUCAAGAAGGACCGCCUGCUCGUUUGGGUAAAAAACAACGACGUAAUUUAAGUAUUAUACAAAGUUCUCUUUCACCUGAGCUAGAAACUAUUACUUCUACCUUAGCAACUUUUCCUGAUAGAAUAGAUUUAUCUAAAGUUGCUUUGCCGACGAGUAAUCCAUUUGAGCCUUCUGAUGAUAUGUAUAAAGAAAUGAUAAUAUCUCAUAAAAGAAAAAAAAAGAAAAUGGAAGAGGAACAUAAACGUAUGAGAUUUGACCAAAUUAAAGAACAAAUUAAACCAGUAGUGUCAUCAGGUACUGAGAAAAAGAGAUCAGCAAAUAGUGAUCGACCUCGGUUGAAGCGUACAAAACCUGUCAAACAGCAAACCCAGUCAAUCCAACCACCUCUUCAGUUAGAUAUACAAUCUUCUUUGCAGUUAGAUGUACAAACUCCUGUUAAGCUAGAUGUACAACUCCCUGUCCAUUUAGAUGGAAAAACUCCUGUGAAUUUAACUGUACAACCUCAAGUGCAGUUAGAUGUACAAUCUCAAGUGCAGUUAGAUGAACGGCCUCAAGUGCAGUUAGAUGUACGGCCUCAAGUGCAGUUAGAUGUACAACCUCAUGAACAUUUAGAUGUACAACCUCAAGUGCAGUUAGAUGUAGAACCUCGUGUGCAAUUAGAUAUACAACCUACUAUGCAGCUAGAUGAAUUGCAUGAUAUUUCGUCGAAGAAAGAAGACAGAGCUCUAUCAGAACCAUGUAGUAUUUCAUAUACCAAAGAAGAGAUACUACAAAAUGUAGUUUCACCUAUACUCCUUUCACCAUCUUCACCAUCAAUUUCUAUAUCUAAUAUGGCUGAAGAAGAAUCAAUUAAGACUAAUUUGAAUGCUAUAAAAUUAGACCCUUGUACUCCUAUUCUAACAGAUUUUUUAAAAAUCGAAGAAGAAUUAACAUUAAAUGUUCCUAAUAAAAUGGAACCUAUCAGCUUAACAGCUGAUGAAAUACGUAAAGCAGAAGAAGGUCAAGCUGCAGCAGCCAUGUUAUUAGAGCAAAUGAGUGAUGUUGAAGAAAAGUAUAAUCCACCAUUAAUUCCUUCGCCACCACUUCCAUCACCACCACUUCCGUCACCGCCACCAUCACCACCUCCAUCACCGCCUCCCUCACCACCACCAUCACCAAGACUCUCUUCACCACAACUAUCUGAUAACAUUUUGGAUUCUAAGUUCAGUCCACCUGACUAUAUUCAGAGAGAAUUUCAUCCAGAAGACAUGUUAACUAGUACAGUGCAAACCAUAAACACAGAAUCUCCACCUAGGACAAUACAUUCUUGUUUACGCUCUCUAACUCCAAGUGAUUACGGUUCUAAACAGCUAUCAUUAUCACCAGUGUCUACUCCUAGUAAAGUCAUAACAGAUUCUAAUUAUGUUGGAUCAUUAUCAGAGUUAGAGGGUUUUCAUGUUUUGGAUAUUAAAACUAUGUGUAAUGAGAAUUUAGAUCUGAAGACACCUCAACUAAAGAAGAUAGUUUCUAGUUUCUUUGCACUUAUAAGGGAUAUAAUCUGUGCUAACUGGGAUUACCGUAUGGACAUGACUGCACUAAAUGAACGUGUUCAUGACUGGGUGAAUUCAACAUUUAACAACAGAAAAAAUCCAGAUUGGUACCACAGUUUAACUUUAAAGACUUGGCCUAAAUCACUACAAUCAGCUAUAGGUUUCUUAGCAGGACAUUUCCCUGAGUGGCAACCCGAAGAUUUUGUUCCUUACAUUGAAUAUAAGCCUAGUUUAGAUAUUUAUCAAUGGAUUGGUGCUGGUAGAGAUUCAGACACUCGGCUUGGAGAUUUAUGCAAAUGCUGGUUACAUAAUUUGAAUAACAUUAGUUCAAAAUUGAAAAGUAUCAAAGACGAUGUGGUUGGUAUUAACAAUGUACCAAUACCAUCUACCACAGAUAUUAUUUCAACAAUUGAAAUGUCUGAAACUGAUACAACAAUUCCUUUACCUUUACCAUUAUUAGACACAUGGAUAGUGACUCCUUCCAGUAUGGAAGAACGUAUAAUUUUUCAGGCUCAAGAAAUGCAACGAUUUUUAAAACCACAUCGUUCUUUUAUUUACCAAAUGCAUGGUUAUGAGUCGGUUGUGGGUCCUGUUCGUGGUAUUUAUAAUUCAUCUAAUAUUCACAAAGCAGCUCGUGGUCAUUCCUUAUUGAUCGAAAAUAGACCGCAUUUCAUAUCAAUAUUGGUAUUAGUACGGGAUGCGACAGCUAGAUUACCAAAUGGAAUGGGAACUCGAAGUGACAUUUGUACCUUACUUAGAGAUUCACAAUACUUGAUGGAAGCAAAUCUUACUGAAUUACAUAAUGCUGUAAGCGGGGCUUUGGAUAGAUUGCAUUAUGAACAUGAUCCUUGUGUUAAAUAUGAUCCAAAACGCAAAAUAUGGAUUUACUUACAUAGAGGGCGAAAAUUAGAAGAAUUUGAACGUUUGCAUUUAGAACAACAAGGUGCAGUGAAGAUGAAAUGUUGGCGAAGAAAUAAAGCACAAAAAAAGACACUAGAACCUAAACGUGCACCUAGUAAAAAAUUAACAUCCAAUGUUCUGUUAGAAUCUUUAUCAAUGUUAGAUUUACCUACAAGUUCAACUUCAGAUUCUAUGCCAAGUUCAAGCACAUCACCUGUGUUGUCUGAUAUGCGUGUCACUCAAGAAAUUAAUAGUAUAGAGCAUUCAAAACAAACAAUAAAAACACCUCGGGUUACUAAAAAUCGAAAAGUACCUGCACAGACUAUGCAAAUGACUGAUAAUGCAGUUGAGCUAAACCUAGAAUGUCCAACACUAAUUGAUCAAAAUAGUAUUGUCUCUUCCCAAAUAUUUUCUAUGCCUGUUUCAAGCCAUAUUUCAACAGUUACAGCUAGUAAUAGCUCAAUUAUUACUUCUAGUAAUAUUCCCAAUCAAUCAUUUUCCAGCAAUAUUACUAACCAAUCAAUAAUUAGUAGUAAUAGUCAGUCAAUUGCUAAUAGUUUCACCUGCCAAUCAAUAGCCAGUAAUGUAAAUAGUCAAUCAAUUUCUGGUAACAUUUUAAGUCAGUCAAAGGCUGGUAACAGCCUAAAAGUAGUUAACAGUCAAGUAUCCAAUAGUGGACAAAUGAUUAACAUUUCCCAAACUAUGAACAGCAACAAUCAAGCAUUUAUCAAUAACAAUGCAAUGGUUGUUAACAAUAUUUCCUCAAAUAAACAAAUGAUAUCAUCUGGAGAUCUUAUAACAAUUGGCCCUAGGAAGAAAACAAAACAUGUUCAAAUUGCUCAACCAGUUUCUAUUGGACAAUCUUCUGGUCUUACAAAUUAUCAACAUGAUCAUCAUCUUAAUAUAACAAAACCACCUCAAAUCAAAGAACAUCAACGCCAGAUAUUAGUUUUAAAACAAAAGCGAUCUGAUCAUUCAGUUUCUAGUUCUGAACAAAAUACAACUCUUGUUAACCAAACAGAUACUGUAAAACCACAAACUGUUCAACAUUUUAUUCAACUUCAGCACCAACAAAAAUUGCAGAAACAACAACAAAUGCAACUGCAACUCUUGCAGCAUAAACAAAUUCAGCAACAAAACAAACAGCAAGUCAUUAUCAGAAAGACUGAUGGGGAUGACAAGACAGAAGGAGGAGAUACUGAACAGCCUCAAGUUAUAUUCUUAAAACAGGGUCCAAGAAAUGUCCAACAACAAGAGACACAACAGAUAACACAGCAGCAAUUACAACAAUUAUUGAUGCUGAGGCCACAACAACAGACAGGGCAACAGGCUCAGGUUGUCAUGGUUAAACAACAAGGAAAUGAUCAGAAACCUAUUGCACUUAAGCCAAUAUUGACAUCAAUCCGUGGAACAAAAAUACAACAAAAUCCAGCAAAAACUGCUAAUUUGUUAGUGCAAGCAAAACAAGCCACUCAAAAUGUACAACGAAAAAUUACUAAGCCUCUUGUUGGCCAGUUUAUGUCCAAUCAAAGAGCACAAUUACCCGUUGAUUCAGUUCUUGCAAAUAGAAAAUUAUCUGGUGUUCCAGGUACUCCAUUACGAUUUUCUGGAGUACAAACUUCUAAGAGUGGUCAACCACACUAUACAGUGGUAACUGUUGCUCAACCUAAACUUAUGCCAUCAAAUCAACCAAAUAUUGGACAGAAAACACCUACUCGGAUAUCAACUAUAAAUGAUCGUUUAAAAUCUGGGGAUACAAAUCAACCACAAACUGUACGUGUGGUUCAGUCUCAAAUUGGCGGAAAACCUUUAUUAGUCACUAAUAAAGCACAAAUUUCAUCAGCUCUUACGGGUAUAUCAACAUCAUCAGCAGUAGUUAGUUCUACCGCCAACACUUACACUGUGGUGCAGCAAGGUUCUCAACAAAUACUUGUGCCUGCAAGUUCUUUGAAAUCUUUUCAAGGACUAAAAGUUAUACCAUUAUCACAACACAAUAUUAAAGGACGAUCACAAAUGUUUGCUCGAAUAUUAAAUUCUGACAGUGUGAGACCUGUGUUCAUUCAUCAACAGUCUAAUCAAGACACUUGCAGCCAAGGGCCUACUGAAUCAAAUACUUAA